AAAAACCCAGCUUGCUCUGAGACAGAAACAUUGGAAAAAUGAGAUUCCUACGAGUUACUCAGCUAGAUUAGUAAUGAGUGAAAGCUGUCCUUUACUUAUGACGCCUACAGUAAAAAUGUAGGUAGUUUUCAGUCAGAGUCACAGCACUGUCUCAGUUGGCAGUCACAGGAGCAGCAGUAAGUUGGGCGAGAGAGGUCAGGACUGGACAGGAAGUUCUCGCUCAACACAAGUGCUGACUGCAGUGCAGUGGAAACAGCUGAAGGUGAAAAACACCAGAGAAAUAACAAAUUGUCCUGACAUACACUUAGUGUCGAAGGGCUCAAGGAGAACUGCUACUGUACUACAUAUUAUAGUGAGUGAAAUGUGCUGUAAUGAGGGUAAAAUCCUGUCAACAGUCAGAUCGGCAGCGUGUUUGCUGCUCAGUAUUUGCUGGCUAUGGUUUUUACUGUCCUCUCUGUUAUGUGUUUCUUGAAUCUUGUGAGAUCUUUGAAAUUCUUUAUCCCCAGCUGUACAGCACCCAACAAGGUGGGGAGCAUGGUUUGUGUAGGUGUUUGGGGCUGGAUCUAGGUUUAAACACAAGUAUCUCUGCCUGUGUGGGAGACUGAACUGAGAGCUGACUGCCCUGGUGAUGUGUCCAAUGCCUGGGCACUGCUCCUGACCCACACACAUCUCGCUUCGUCGGCCAUACCAGCUGUGCGUGACACGCGGAAAAGCGUCUUUCACUUCCAUCGUGUGCAACCUGUAAUUUGGCAACGGGGCUGCAGCAAUAUACACUCGUGGGAAGGAAAAUCUGAUUUGCAUUUGGGGCUGAGCCUGACGUCAAGCAGAGCAGGAAGCCGCUUGGUCCUGCCAAGAAACGCUGCCUGUGUCAGUCGGCUCUUUUCCCAGCAAAGCGCAAGUCCGGCCAGGGUGGGGACAGGCUGUCAAGGCCAGCCCCUGUGGGAAGAGGAAGCUUUUGGAGAAAAUCCACCCUCCAGAGCAGUCAGGAGGCAGAGGCUGCUGAACGUCACUGCCUGUAACCACAGCCUGUGCCUUGGGCUCGCGCUAUGCGUAGCCGCUGCUGAUGGCCUCGGUGGGGGCGAAGGGCUCUCUGGAGAGGGACUGCAACACGAUGACCCUGCGGCAGCCACCCCUGGCCAUGAAGGGGGGCUCCUCCGCGGUGCUGUACAUUCACAGCAUGCCUGCCUGGGUGCUGGAAGAUUUUUGCCGGAAGAUGGACUGCCUGAGCGACUACGACUGGAUGCGAUUUGCCUCCUACGUGAUAACGGAUCAAACAGAGCUACGGAAAAUCAAGUGCAUGGAGAAGACGGGGAUCAGCAUAACGAGAGAGCUCAUGUGGUGGUGGGGAGUGAGGCUGGCAACAGUGCAGCAGCUCCUGGACCUACUGCAAGGACUGCAGCUCUACCGAGCGGCGCAGGUCAUCCUGGACUGGACGUCAGCCUCUAAUAUUACCAGCUCUGAAAAAGAACUGCUGGUGGAGCCACCUAAACAGGAGUAUAUAUCUUUAACUCCUACAGAAAACAAAAAAAGAGAGAGAGAAAAUGAGAUAAGUCUGUUGCCAUUACCAGACUCUUCACAUUCGGGAGUAUCACCAGCAGAUAGUGCUGUUUCUGAAGGAGCCUUGUGUUCUCUCCCUUUUCCACCACCUCCCCCAAGAGACCUUUUGAAAUCUUUACAGUCAAAUCCCCCUGUGUCGUCAAGUGUAAAGCCUUGCAGCUCUUCCGCUCCUCAGCAGGAGACAAUCACUGAUCUCCCCAGUGGGAGUCUUUUGUGGACCCAGAGGGAAGUUACUAACGCCACAGGUGGUUUCAGUGACAAGAACAGAAUUUGUGAAGGUACUUUUGCAGAGGUCUACAAAGGUCAGAGGAACAACAUCGUAUAUGUCAUCAAAAGACUGAAAGAGAUGGAAUGCACAAGCCCCGAUUCCACACAAAGAUUCUUUCAUACCGAAGUACAGAUUUGCUUUCGGUGUUGUCAUGUCAACAUUUUGCAGCUGCUGGGUUUCUCAGUAGAAACUGGAUUGCACUGUCUGAUAUAUCCAUACCUGCCUAAUGGAUCACUACAAAACAAACUUCACUGUCAAGAUGAUUCUGCGCUGCUGACCUGGGAGAUGCGAAUUAGCAUUUCUAUAGGACUCCUCCGAGCUGUAGAGUAUUUACAUAACUCUGGAAUCCUUCAUGGGAAUAUCAAAAGUUCAAAUGUCUUGUUGGAUGAAAACUUUACACCAAAGCUUGGACAUUCAGGUCUGCGAUUGUAUUCUGUUGAUAAAAAAUCAGAAUAUGCUGUUAUGAAAACCAAAGUCCUGCAAGCUUCUCUUACUUAUUUACCAGAAGAUUUUGUGAGGCAUGGGCGAUUAACAGAAAAAGUCGAUAUAUUUGGCUGUGGUGUGGUCUUAGCAGAAAUACUGACAGGGAUUAAGGCACUGGAUGAAGGAAGACACCCUAUUUAUCUGAAAGAUAUGAUUGCUGAUGAAAUUCAAAUGGCAAAAGAAAGCUCAUACUCCAAAGUAAAAAAAAUCGAGAAGCUAGCUGCCAAGGAAAUAUGCUGUAAAUAUCUAGACAGGAAAGCAGGACACUUGCCGGAAGAGGUUGCUAUUGAUUUUGCCUCAGCCAUCUGCCUUUGUUUGAGAAAGAAGAAUUCUAAUAUAGCAGAGGUGCUUGAAAUUAUGGAAAUGGCUGAAAAUAAGUUAAGAGAGCAUUACUUCUGUGGAAGCAUAAUUUCUGGGUUCUCUAUGAACACUCCAGAAGAAACUGAUGAUGAGACAACUGGUCUCAGCAUGGAUGCGCCUUCUGUGGGGGAGAAUAAAGAGGACGGCGCGCAGCCAGCAAUCCUGACAAGUGCCAAUCCAUGCACACCUUUAACGGGAGUUGUGUCACCUGACAUUUACUGUGGACAAAUGUCAAGGGUGCCCUGUGAAUCAGAUGAAUCAACCAGUUUUAUAUGGAAUCCUUCAGAAAGAUCUACAGAUGAGCUACCGAGCAACGCCUGUAACAAGUCAGAAAAUAUGUCAGCCUCCGAUUACAGGCUCAAGCAGGUAAAGCCAGCAAAUGGACUCCAGGAAAGAAAUGCAGCGUGCGCCAGAAGUGAUGACAUCUUGGAAAGAACGUCUACCGCACAGAGCACCUUUCAACAAAGAAAUGCAGACCUUGAGUCUUCCUGUUCUUCACAAGCAUUAGCCAGAGAGACAUCCUGGAACAUAAAGAUAAAUGAUCAGAAAAAGAAGCUCAUGGAAAAUAUUUUGCUAUAUGAAGAAAACAAAUUAAAUAGUUCUGAACUUUUUGAAUCAUAAAUCGUAUGAGUUUAUUAGCAGUGGCCAGCUCAGUGGAAGAAGUAAGGACUGUCUCUUCAUUACAAAGAUGGAAAAAAGUGUACCUUUCAUGUGAGGUUAUAUAGCAGAUUUGGAUCAAAACAUUAGCCCUGACUGAAGAAAAGUGAUCACACUUAGAAGAAAAAGAAAAUAUCUGUUCUAAAGUAGAUUAAGGCAUAAUGCAUUCUGUAAACAGAAAUACCUUCUUCCUUUUCAUCUGCAGUAUAAAAAGAUAUGGCAAACACAAACAAGUGUCAAAGUAAUUUGCUAUCUUUUUGCAUUGUAUAUCAGCAAGCAUCUACAUAUAAUGUACAUCUUGUUAAAAAACACAGUCCUACAAGUCAGAGGGGAAGCACUGAUCAGCAGUUCUCAGUACCCUUUAUUGUUAUCCCACUGUAUACAAGCAGAAAGAAAUCUUCAGAGAGAUUGCAAUAGGUUUCAGGUUUUGUAUAAAUCUGUCCUAUUCCAUAUAAUCUUAGUCCACGUGCUCAAAAACAGUGUAUUACCAGAGAGGGGAAUAUUCAUGCACGUUCUCAGAUGUAUUCUACACAGCUCAAUCUCAAUUUGGACUGCACUGAACGUAGCUGUAAGUAAAUACUUUGAGCCACGUUGGCCUACUUCAUGAGCUGCUCCACUACGUAUAUACAUAUGACACGAUUUAAAGUCUAACUUUGUGUUUCACUGUCGGGAGCUCUAAGGCGGUGUUUAAUACUUCAGAAGAGUAUUUUUGGAAGAUAUUUUUUUAAUAAGAAUCCUUUAUGUGUUGUUAAGGUGUUGUGUUUCGCAUGGUAACUGUUAUAUAUUUGGGAUUGGGGACAAGAUUUAAAAUGUCUUUGAUUUUGUUAUAGGUCACUUGAAAGUUGAUUUGUUGUAUUUAUUUUGGCAAUAGGUUAAAGAAUGGAUGAGAGAAGAGCUGUAAGUGGACCUUUUUGUGGUGCCAUGCUCACCAUAUAUUCUCAGAGAGGAUUCCUUUUGCAUAUCUCUUGGCUUUCCCCACAUUAGCAGCCUUGAGGUCAGUCUCAGUGAUCACACUUAAAAGAAAAAAAUAGAAACUUAUAUGCUGUCAUAUUUAUCAAGUGAAAGCCCUCUCAAGAAAUCGACACCUUUAUUAUUAUGAUUAUUUAUUAUUUGUAACAUUGUUAGUACAUUCUACUCUUGUGCAGUCGAAGAAAUACAGGUUUCUUAUGAACAAAAAGAGUAUCAGAACACGCAGCUCAGCUUACAGACAGGUGACUACUGUUCCAGGGCGUAGGCAAUGGGGCCUGAUGGACAGAAAUGGCUAGAAUUCCCUGUGGAGUUUAGGGAAUGUUAAGAAAAAAAGAAAGAGUUUAUAUGUUGUUAUCAUUUGCAUUGGAGUUGUGUAAUGGUAUAGUUCUCUUAGCUUUACAUGAGGGUCCCUGAGCGAGACCUCGUAUCUUGUGUGUUUGCACAGUACCUAGUUUAUUUGUAGGUACCAUUAUGAGCAAGUAAAUGUAUUUAGUAGCUAAAGACCUGAGUAUUAGAAUUAUCUACACAUUUAUCAAAUUGAUUUUUACACUAAAAACUGUUAAAAUUCUCUAAUUAUAAGUGCCUUGGAUACUGUAUAUAUUUGCCAGUGUCAGGUUUUUUUAUUUACCAGAGUCAAACCAAGAAAACAUUGGUACUGACAUAAGAAAUACUGAGUAUAUUCAGAUUGGUCAAUAGAAUUGCUUAAUUCUAGAUGAGAAUGAAUUUAGAUACUUUAUGGUGCUGUAAAUUUAAUAUUCAUUGUUUUUCAUGGGUAUGUUUUGGGAGAUUCAUGGUAAAUACCUCUGAUCUCCUCCAGGAAGAAAUGCACAUGGACACACCCCAGAGCUGAAUGGAAAAAUUGAGUUUUUUUAAUUGAGAAACAUAGUUAAGACACAGUUCUGUUUCACAAGAAUGCUUUAAAGGUUUUGUUCUCCUGCAUUGACAAGAUUAAAUUGUUAUUUUUUUGCCUUCCUUCAUGUUAGUUUCAAAAUAUUCUGAGGUGAUAUACGUGGUCUUAUAGAGUUAUGUAUGUGUGUGAUGUGACAUAUAUAAGAGACUGCAUAGUCUUACCAGAACGAUGCUCUGUUACAUGACUUGGCUGUUCAGUAUAAUGUGUGUUUUAAUCUCAACUUGGCAAAUUUAUACAUUACCAUUUACUAAUACCUUUUGGAAUAAAAAUCUGGAAA